AUGAGUGACGACGACGACUUCGCAGCAUGCUGCGGCUGCUGCUACAUCUGCACAUGCCUCAUCAUCCUAGUCCUCCCCAUCACCCUAAUCUCCCUCAGCCUGAAAACCCACAACCCGAGGAUCUCGGUCGAGGACCUCUACCUCCCGGCCCUCAACGCGGCCGUGCCCUCCAACGUCACGCGCCUCAACACCUUCCUAUUCAUCGACCUCCGCCUCGAAAACGCCAUGCACCUCAACGGCCUCCGCUACGAGGCCGUCAACCUCACCCUCUCCUACGCCGGCGCCGCGGUGGCGGAGGGUGCCGUCGCCGGAUUCUACCAGGGGAUGAUGAAGACGGCGAGGAAGGCCGCGGUGCUGCGGACGCGCGGGAUGCCAUGGGAGGACGCGUUUGAUAGGGUAUCGAGGGGGCUGACGGUGGACGUCGCGGUGGAGGUGGCGAUGGCAGUGAAGCUGCGGCGGUGCGGGGUGUAUAUGAAGAGGAGGGUGGUGCUGGUGGAAGGGGUGGUGAGUUUGGAUGGGUCUGGGGAGGAGGUGGAUGAGAGGGUUGUGAGAUUGAAUUGA